UCUGUUGUCAUGUACUACUUAAAUACGUACUAUCGUAUUACCACAGUUUCUGUGGAUAAGAACGAUUGACUGUGACAGCGCAUCCGGCAGGGAAAAUAUUGUUUUAUUAAAAUGGAACUGAAGUUAUUAGAAAAAAUUCAAAAACUCGGAUAUAAAGGGGAGUUAACAGACUCUAAUAAAUUUAUGGAGGCCUUAAAAUUAGGUCCAAAAUCGCCAGAAUUUACAAAACUUGUGGCAUGGUUGGCAGACGAAAUAGCAAUAUUAAAUGAUAUGGAUGAAACUGUCCAUGCAAUAGUCUCUGCGGAUGAUUCUAGUUCUUUCCUAUUAGAAUUAAGUUGUUUUCUUAAAGAAUUAGGAUGUGUAAACGAACGAUUAAUGUCUGGUAAUGUUAAUGCUCGAUUAUCAACUCAACAAGAUAGGUAUAUUUUGUUAGAUUUUCUGGGAGCAGAAUUAAAGGUUUCUAGAUUAUUAGAGUCUAGAAGACUUAAAACUUCAAAUUCCAUGGAUGUUCAUGUUGAAGAAAGUGAUAUGGCUAAGGAUCUGAAAGAUAUGUUAAUAGCAUUAAAUUUUGAAAAACCACCAGAUGAUAUUACCGCUGAUAAACUUUUUGCAAGAGUGGAGAGCAAAUUAAAAGAUGUAUUAAAAACAGCUCCGUGUGAACUCAUAGGUCAAUCGUUAAUCACCAAUCCAUUUACAGCUAAAGAAUGGAAAGAUUUACAGCAUAUACAGGAAGAGUUACAUGAUGAAUAUAGAUUACGACGUAUGAUGUUACUUCAACGACUUGAUGUAACCGUACAAUCCUUUUUAUGGUCAGACAGAAUAAAAUCUCAAGAAGCUGAAUUAAAAAGACGAUACGAGGACACUAGAAAGUUUUUAAGUUCAGAACCUGAUAUUACAUUUGCUGAUUUAUUAGCAGUCAGAGAUGAUAUUGCACUUAUGGAGAAAACAAGCAGUGCAAGUGUCAGAAAAAAUACCAAAAGUAAUAUUAAUUCAGUUAUUAUAGGGGAUGUACCGGACAGAGGUGGAAGAGCAAAUGAACAAGAGCCGCCACCACCAGAAAUGCCACCAUGGCAAAAAGAUAGGGUAGCAGGACCUUCAACCUCUCGCGGAGGGCAUGGAGGAGGUGGAUAUAGAGGCGGUCGUGGCGGAGGUGGUUCUAACACCUCAUUUUCCAAUGAUAAUAGAGGCAGGGCUGAUAGUGGCUUUCAAAGUUCUAAUUAUUCUUCUAAUAAUAGUGGAUAUAGUGGACAAGGGGGAUAUGGUGGCAAACAAGGGGGAGGAUAUAGUGGUGGGCAAGGAGGAGGAUAUGGUAGUGGAGGAGGAUGGUAUAAUCAACAAUAUCAAAGAGGGGGUGGGAGUGGUAGUAGAGGAGGAAGGGCAGGCAGAGUUCAAGGAGGGUGGAAUCAAGGAAAUAAUUCUAGUACGGAUAACUACCAACGCGGCGGAUAUACUGGAGGUGGAGGCAGAGGACGACAAUACUAAAAUGUUAUAUGUAAAAUAUUAUUCAGAUACCAUUGCAUCACAUAGUACCAGUCAAAUUUGCAUUAACAGAGCAUAGUAAUGAAUAUUGGUAAUUUAUAUAAACUUAUGCUUAAUUGUUUAUAUACUUCAAGUUACAUUUUCAAAUGUUGUAUGGAAUAUAAAUAAUUAAGAAUAUUAAUAUUAAUCUUUAAAUAAAUUAAAAGUUUCGAUAUUAUUUUCAAUUUAUAUCCAAAUGACUUAGUUUUGUAGAAAUUUAAACUAUCAUUAUUUAUAUAAUUGUUAUAUUCUACACUUUAUACAGCAUUGAAUUUCACUAUGUAUUUGUAUUUGAAUUUUGUAAAUACGAUUUAUUUGUAUAAUGGAACUGAAUGUUUAAACUCAACAAUAAGUUAUUAUGAGUUGAUUGAUAGGAAAUUAAUUUAAUUUAAUUUAAUGAAAUGUAUUAUCAAAUGCA